UUGUCUCCUCCUCCCCUAAAACUCCACCCUCUCUUCUCUAUCUUCUUCUUCUUCUUCUUCUUCUUCUUCAAACCCUCUCUCUUCCAUGGCCAACGCCUCACCCUUCGCCCCCUCAUUUCCCCGUAAUUACCUCCUUACCCCUAUCCCUCCCUCUUCCCGCCCUCUCCUCCCUAAACCUCCCCACUCUCUCCACCAUUCCCCUGCCUCCUCCUCCUCCUCUCUUCAUGCACUUGUAGGAAAGAAUUACCCUUCUGUCCCUCGUCGUUUGAAGGCCACGGAAGUCCCGGUGGCGGAGACGUCGUCGUCCGAGAACUGGGUGCCGGUGGUGCCGGUGGCAGCGCUGCCCAAGGGAGAGCGGCGCGUGAUAGUUCAGGACGGGGAGGCCAUACUGCUGCUGUGGUACAAGGACGAAGUCUUCGCCAUUGAGAACCGCUCACCGGCGGAAGGCGCCUACACUGAAGGCCUCCUCAAUGCCAAGCUCACUCAGGAUGGGUGUAUAGUGUGUCCGUCAACUGAUAGCACAUUUGAUCUUCGGAGUGGUGCCAUUAAGGAAUGGUACCCGAAGAACCCGGUGCUGAGGGCUCUCACGCCGGCGUUGAGGACUCUUUAUGUUUAUCCUUGCAAGACUGAUGAGAAGAAUAUCUACAUCAGCCUCGAGCCGGGUACUGUAAAUUCUGAUGCAGCUGCAGAGAUUGUGUUCAGUGGCAAGGCUCAACCGGGUGUCACUGCUUCGGAUGUUAAUAUCGAGGAGGUGAAAAUGGUGGUCGAUGAGGGCUUAGAAGGAGGGGCUUUUGGUUUCACAAGGAGGAAUGAGAUAAUAAAUGGGAGAGCUGCUACUAUUGGGUUCCUCUUGUUAUUAGAUGUUGAGCUCUUGACUGGUAAAGGUCUUCUUAAGGGAACUGGCUUCUUGGACUUUAUUUAUUCUAUCUCAAAUGCUCUCCAAUAGAACAAAAUUGUGCAAGGAAGGUGAAGUGGGUGUUUACUCGGUUAUUAUACACAUAUAUACAUUUUGAUGUUUAAGCUCCUUUUGAUUGAUUGUGUAAAAGUGGGAACUGCAUGCUUGAUUAAAUAUGUUAUUGUAAAGUUACUUGAAAUGGACCACAUCUAGAUCUAUGAUUUUGUUCUUUAGGUUCUGCAGUUUGUUGAGAUAAUAAUCAACUUGUAAAAUGAAUACAAGCAUAUAUAUUACAAUUUCAUUUAAAUUGGUGGUGUGUA